UGAAAGAAAAAGAAAGAAAGAAAGACAGAAAGAAGCUCAUUUUUGAGUUGGUAUGCUUCCAUUAUCAUCAUCAUCUUCUUCUUCAUCUUCAUCUUCAUCUCUCAGCCUCUCCUUCUGAGUCUCUCUCUCUCUCUCUCUCUCUCUCUCUCUCUCUCUCUCUCUCACAAAUGGGUUCGAGCUGUAGUCGAAUGGGGUCGCGGAUUUCUCGCCCCCGAACCAACCGCAACACCAACCGCUCCACUAUCCCCUCUCCCAUCUGUGGUGGUGGUGGCUCCGCUUCUCGCGCUACCCAUGAGAUGGAAAAUCAUCCAGCUGAGUGUCUGGUUAAAUCUGCAGAUCGUUGUGCUUCAGACAUCCAUGAAAUUCAGGACCCUGGACUGGAAUCUCCAUUGUUCACCGGAACGGAAACAGUAUUUACCACCCCCAGUACUGAAGUUGAUUCCAGAUCUGAAAGCACUUUAGCAGCUGUUGGGGAUGCUUCUUUUGAAGGUGGUUUAAGAAACGUUGAAACAAGUAACCAUGAAGUAUUCUUGUCUGAAUGUAAGGAGCUAAUGUCUCCUCAUCAGGUAAGUGCUGAUUAUCAACAUGCUGGCUCUGGUAGGGAUAGUAGUGCUGCAUCUACUUCUUUGUUUAAAGAGCAAGAAUCUUCAGCCCAAGUCUCUACAAAUGAUUUGGCUAACAUAGGUUCUGUUAAUGGUGUUGAAAACACGAUCCACAGUGUUGUAUCUAAGACCUGUUCCGAGGUUUUGCAUCCAAGCAGUUCAAAUUCUCAGGGACUUGACAAUUUAUGUUCUGAUGGAGCACCUGUUGAGAAUCACAUGUCCGAAGUGAUGGCAGUCUCUGAUUCUGACACUAAUUCUGUUCAUGUUUCCAAUGCACCGGUAAAUUUACCAUCGCUAGAAAAUGAACCUCUUCAAGAGGCAAUACCUUCAGAAUUAGGAAUCCUUGUGUCCAAUAGGGAACGAGGCCGUGUCGACGGUGGUGUACUUCAUGUGGAUGUUGUUAGUAUUUCUUCGAACAUUUUCCCUAAUAGCAAUCCUGAUGCAAACAAUCAUGAGGCCAGAAGGAAUAGUAGAAGAUUGUUUUGGGAUGCAUUUUCAAGACGCAGUUCUAGAAGGCUUAUUGAUUCUCCAACCAUUGUUUUCUCAACGGAUGAUGCUGAGGACAUAGGAUCUCAUGAGAGAUGGCUAGUUGGUUUGAGUGGUGACUUUUUUGAUGAUGGGAAUAUAGCUGAUUCUGGACGUUUGGGAAGUAGAAUUCCAAAUUUGACUGAAAGACGAAGGCACUCAAUAUCUGAGGUCUGGGAAAGACUUCGCGGUGGCCUUGAUGAGAGCAGUCGACGGAAUGCUUUUUGUCCAUCAGGUCUUCAUCCUGAUGGUACAUGCUCAUGUGAGUCAUUCUUGAUGACUGAAGAGUCCACUACUCGUGCAAGUAUAUCAAGAAUUGUCAUGCUUGCUGAAGCUUUAUUUGAGGUUCUGGAUGAAAUUCAUCGCCAACCUGUCUCACUUUCCCUGUCUAUGGUCUCAAGUCCUGCCCCAGAAUCUGUUGUUGACUCAUUUCCACUCAAGAGUCACAAGAAGGUUGAUGCAGCUGAGGCUGGUGAUGAUGUUAAAGAGUGUUAUAUUUGCCUUGCCGAGUAUGAGGAUGGGGACAAAAUUCGAGUUCUUCCUUGCAGCCACGAGUAUCACAUGUCAUGUGUGGAUAAGUGGCUUAAAGAGAUACAUGGAGUAUGUCCACUUUGUCGAGGAGAUGUUCGUGAUGGUUCCUCGGAGUGUUCUGUAUCCAACUCUGAGAUACCUUCUAUUUGACAGAGUUGUACAUAUUAAUGUAAAUAGUAAUAAUUUUUUCCUUCUCUUUCUAUCUAAUAUGUAUGUUUAAAAAUUCAUUUGUAUCUGAAUUUCUGAAAUCUGCAUCUUGUAGCAUCUUUUCUCGUGAUGCGGUUUUGUAGUAUUUUUGUAGAAAAAUUUUAGCGAAUGAGAUAUUGGUGGAUCAAUAUUUUAGUGUCA